GCACUUAGAUGGAAUAGCAGCGUUUUUUCCUCUUUGGUGUCACUGGAGGAGACUGGAAACAAGGUGUUUUUAUAGAGGGGAAUAAAUAAGACCCAGUUCUGGUUUGGUACCUGGCUUCUUCAAGUGGGACCAACACUGAAGCAAGCUCCUGAAAGGCAGCGGUGACUGGUUGUAGUUCCUGAGCGGUGCAGUCAUGGGCAGGCCGGAGGGGUUGGCCAGGCCACCUCUGGUGUCAGCUGUGGCACUUUCCCUCCUGGCUCUCUCUCUCCUCUCCACCGGGGCCUCCAGCCUCCCACAGCCUCUGCCAAGAGUCUUCCUUUCCUUCGAAGACCUGCAGGCCUCCCAGUCCUUUGAACACUACAGUAUAUCAGACAAGGCCAUGGACUACAGGAUCCUGCAGAUGGACGAGGACCAGGACAGGAUGUAUGUGGGCUGUAAAGACCACGUCCUCUCCAUGGACAUCAAUAACAUCACCCAUGGCACGCUUAAGGUGUUUUGGCCUGCAUCUACCAGCAAGAUAGAGGAAUGCCAGAUGGCAGGCAAGGAUCCUACGCACGGCUGUGGGAACUUCAUCCGAGUGGUGCAGCCUUACAACAGAACCCAUCUGUUCAUGUGUGGUAGCGGAGCGUACAGUCCCGUCUGCGUUUACAUCAACAGGGGCCGAAGACCAGAGGAACAAGUGUUUCACAUUGACUCGAGGACCGAAUCUGGAAAAGGGAGGUGCUCCUUCAAUCCUCAAGUGAAUACAGUCUCUGUCAUGCUCAACCAGGAGCUGUUCUCAGGCAUGUACAUUGACUUCAUGGGGACAGAUGCUGCCAUCUUCAGGAGCCUGACCAAGAGAAAUGCAGUGCGCACAGACCAGCACAAUUCUAAAUGGCUCAGUGAACCAAUCUUCAUUGAUGCCCACCUGAUACCAGAUGGAACAGACCCCAAUGACGCCAAACUGUAUUUCUUCUUCCGCGAGAGGCUGACAGACAAUAAUGGAAAUACUAAAAAUAUCCACACGAUGGUGGCCAGAGUGUGUCCAAGCGACAUCGGAGGCCAGCGGAGCCUGGUGAACAAAUGGACCACCUUCCUCAAAGCCAGGAUGGUGUGCUCAGUUCUGGAGGAGGACGGCACCGAAACGCACUUUGAUGAACUUGAAAAUGUGUUUUUGCUGGAAACCGAUCAGCCCAAGGGCCUGUUGGUGUUUGGAGUCUUCACAUCCACAAGCUCCGUGUUUAAAGGCUCGGCGGUAUGUGUGUACAACAUGGCAGACAUCCUCACAGUCUUCAACGGGCCCUUCGCUCACAGAGACGGGCCCAAUUUUCAGUGGGUGGCGUUCCAGGGACGUAUCCCUUACCCAAGGCCUGGAACUUGUCCCGGUGGAGCUUUUACACCCGACAUUCAAACAACGAAGGAGUUCCCAGACGACGUGGUGACCUUCGUACGAAACCAUCCAGUCAUGUUCAACCCAAUCUACCCAGUGGGGAGGAGACCCCUGGUGGUUCGUACCAACGCUGACUACAAAUACACAUCAGUGGCUGUGGACCAGGUCAUGGCGGCUGAUGGCAAUUACCAAGUGCUCUUCCUGGGCACAGACAAAGGUACAAUACAGAAGGUGAUUGUCCUGCCAAGCAAUCAUUCCCUACAUGAAGAUCUAAUCCUGGAGGAGCUGGAAGUGUUUAAGAACCAAGCUCCUGUUACAAACUUGAGAAUAUCCUCAAAAAAACAACAGCUGUACGUCAGCUCGGAGUUCGGGGUCUCACAGGUCUCCCUGCACCGUUGUCACGCUUAUGGCUCGGCUUGUGCUGACUGCUGCCUCGCCAGAGAUCCCUACUGUGCCUGGGACGGACUCAGCUGCUCCCGCUUCUAUCCCACCGGCAAAAGGAGAAGCAGAAGGCAGGACAUAAUGCAUGGAAAUCCACUCACUCAAUGCAGAGGAUUCAAUCUAAAGGCCUACAGAAACGCAGUGGAGAUGACGCAGUACGGUGUGAAAAACAACACCACCUUCCUGGAGUGUCUUCCCAAGUCUCCCCAGGCCUCUAUUCGCUGGCUCAUUCAGAGGGACAAUGACAGGAGGAAAGAGGUGAAGCUGAGCGACCGUGUCCUCUCCACGGAGCACGGCCUCCUGAUCCGCUCCGUCCAGCUGUCCGACCAGGGCCUUUACUACUGCCUGACCACCGAAAACAGCUUCAAACGCACCGUCGCCAAGAUCCGCCUGCGCGUGCUGAGCGAGGCCAUGGUGAGCAUGCUAACAGACAAACAGCAGUCGCCGUGGGCGUGGGCCAGCUCUCUGCACCCUAAGGUCCUUUUGGCGGCCUUCAGUCCCGCGGAAAGCCUGGCAGUACAACAAUACUGCAAAGAGAGGAAGGAGCUCCAGAACCUCCAGCAGAGGCAGCAGAAGCAACAGCCACCGCCUGGGCCUCUCAGGGGGGAUCUGGCCAAACUGAAGCCCCUGCUGGAUCGGAGGAAGAGCCGCAACCGGCGGAAUCACCUCCCAGAGGUGUGACUCAGGCAGCUGGCAGCUACAGACACUGACACGCACACCUUCCUCUAAUCCUGAAUCCUAUCAAGCAGUUAAAAAUCCUCUCAUCUCAAACUGCAGAGCUCCACUGUGGAUGUACAGUAAGACGUGGAGGUGGGUGUGGGGAGUUCUCAUUCUCCAAUAUCUCUCUUCUUUUUUUUUUUUGUUUUUCUUCUUGCAUGAGGUACUGUGACCAGGUGGCUGUGACAUACACUAAUACACACGCACAGACAGCCACAAGCCAUUCGUUUGUUGUCGCAGUCACAAUACAAACGAAGUGGCCCCGUUAUGAGUGCCACUAAUAAACUGUGGCCUCUAACAGGCUGAUAUUGCUUAUGAUAAUACACUCUGAGACGCAACUAUGUGUAUCAUAUUUUAAAUAUCAGAGAGGAAAUUGGACCGGCCGGAUAUUGGCUCAUGGUGGAUUUGUAUUUUGUGGGGGGAAAAAAGUGGGGAGGUCCUUUUAACAUCAUGAUAAUAAACAGAGGAGAUUGAAAAGGGACAAAAGGGAGACGGAUGCAUGUUUGACAGUGAGUGCUCUCUCCCUUUAUGUUAAGUGUUAUAGUAGCAUUUUACUAGACUCUACUCACAUUUGAAUUUUUACUUUUUAACUAACAAAAUUCUCUCUAUUCAGUGAAAACUACAGCAGUCAAUGGGCACAUGUCGGUUAAUAAAACACCACUUUUUUUUCUCCUAUAUGUUGACAGCCUCGCAUACUGUCUAUAAUAGCACUGUUCAUACCAAGCACAGAAUAAAAAGUGUUACAUUACAGUGCUGUAAGGUUAAAGAGUUAUUCGUUCAAAGACCAACUUUACAUCCGGAGCUGAUGUAUCCAAACAGAAGUAGUAGUAAGAUACUGAGUAGAAUAUUAAAUACAGUGUGAGUUGUUGCACACACCUUGAAAUGAUCUGUCCUAUAUUUAUUACUAUUACUCAGACGUACAUGUACGAGAAUGUGCCUCACUGUAAUUCAGCUGCAUAUUGUAUCUGUAUCAUAAAUGUCUUUAUCCAGCACAGAAGCAUGUGUAUAGAAAUUCAUCAGCAAUGUUAAACGUCUUUCAAAGGAAUAGCUUGACAUUUUGGGAAAUGAGCCUAUUUACUUUCUUGCAGAGAGUUAGAUGAGAAGAUUGAUAUGACUCUCAGUCGCUAAAUAUAAAGCAGGUCCUAGCAGACAGUUAGAGUAGCUAAGCACAAAGACUGGAAAUGGGGAAACAGUUAGCCUGGCCCUGUCUAAAGAUUUUUUAUCUAUUUUUUACCUACCAGCACCUGUAAAGCUCACACAAAAGUCAAGUGUAAAAAUUACCCUUUGAGGUUUUGCUAUCUAUUGGCUGAGCACAGUAAUCCCCCACAUUAAGUGUUGACGUCAAUGCUGAGACUCCCCCAUCCAAGAUAUAGCCCACGACAUAACCCCCAUAACCAUAUAUUUUUUUGUGCUGGAUUUUGUGACCUUUGGACAGAGUCAGGCUAGCUGUUUACCCCCAUUUUCAAUCUUUAUGCUAAGAUAAGCUAACGAGCUGCUAGCUAUAAUUUCAUUCUUUGGCACAGAUAUGAGAGUCGUUUCAUCUAACUCGUGGCAAGGAAGCAAAUAAGCAUGUUUCUCAACAUAUCAAACUACUACUUUAAUUCUUGCCUGGAUUAGAUUUGAGAAAACAAACUAGCAGAUAUGCACAUUUUAGUUUUUGCCUUUAGGAACAGUAAACAAUGGAUGUUAAUGUAAUACCUGGAAAUAUAGUCAACAAUGACAAUUUCCUUCUUUCGAUCUACAUUUUCUACAGCCUGCACAGCAAAGUGGACAUACUUUUAAUUCAGAAGUAGUAACUGUCAGUGAUAGUCUGUGAGAUAGACCAUUUGACAUAUGUGAAUAGACCUUUUCAGAAGCGUAGUAAAUGUAGAUAGAUUAUUUGUUGCUUGUGUACAGAGUAUUUUUGUUUGUUUGUUUCGUCUUUUUAAUUUAAUGUGCCAAGUUUUGUUAAAGUGUAUCAUUGUGUACAUAAAUUCUAAAUAUUUCACCAACUAACUCUGACUGUAUCUGCAAAUUGCAGAGAUAUACAGUAUUAUUUUCAUUUUGAGAAAAGACUUUCUAGUUGUACCUGCCCUCAUACAGAUCUCUGCCCCACGUUUAAUAAAACUGUGUGACCAGCAUCAUGUCAACUUCAACUCAGUGUAAUUUCAGUGUUAUGAAACAUAUGUAUUUCUAUUUAUUAAUGUCAUGAUAGCCUGAAUAAAUCUGUUCAGAUGAAUCUCAA